AUGGAUAUACCCACGUGUGAUUUUCGAUACUGGUGUGGUCUCAGCAUUGCUGUUGCUGUGUCUUAUUUUGCCACUGUCGCUUUCUGGGACCACUACUUUUCUCCUCUGGCUCGGAUCCCCGGACCAUUUUGGGCGUCUAUUACACGUCUGUGGCACGCCUACCACAUUUUCGAGGGCGACCAUAAUACGGAGAUUAUACGACUUCACGAACAGCAUGGCCAUUUUGUUAGGAUCGCGCCAGAUGAGGUCAGCGUAAGCCACCCGGCUGGUCCAAAGCUGCUCCUCCAGUCACAUUUACGCAAGUACAAGGGAAAUUGGUACCGAGCAUUUGCCAUACCAGACUACCGCUAUGUGACUCCACAAUCGACUCUGGACCCAAAGGAGAAGAUGGAGCGAUCCAAAUUGUUUGCUCCCGGCUUCACCUUAUCGCACCUCCUUCGGUCCGAGGCACAUUACGACAGGAAUAUAAGCUACCUGUUCGACUGGAUGGAUAACUACCGUGAUGUCGAGGCACAGACGGCAACAAGUGUCGCUGCUGGGUCAGAUACUCUGUCUUGUGCCCUCCAAUCGUUUGUUUACUUCAUGAUCAGACAUCAGGACAUCUGGGAGCGCGCAAAGGAUGAAAUAAAGGCGGCGAUGGCGGAGGGCCGCUGUCAGGAUCGGGUCGUGACCUAUGAUGAUUCGCGCAAGCUGACUUUCCUCGAGGCGUGUGUCUACGAAUCCGUGCGAUUGUUUGGACCUGGCCCAUUCCAGCUGUCCAGAGUGGCGCCGAAAGACGGCCUGACUAUCGGCACCCACCACUUCCCGGCAGGUACCAUCUUAUCUAUCAACCCACAAGUCAUGCAGCAGAGCAAGGAUUGUUGGGGUGCCGACUCAAAGGAGUUCAAACCUGAAAGGUGGUUACCGGAUGGGAUUCAUACCAUGUAUCAUUACUGGCUCUUGUUCGGAUUAGGCUACAACAGAUGCCCAGACUAA